UCCCAUUGGAGUCCACCGCCUGACCAGCAGGGGCUGCAGAAUGGAGCAUCUCUGAAUGAGCAGGAACUCUUGGUUCCUCCCCGGCCCCCGCACUAACGCUACUGCGCUCCGGCGGACGCUGCAGAGUGCAGACGGGUGAGCGCGGGUGCCUCGCCCGCAACAGCGUGCUUCUAGCCUGGACACUUUUCUCGGAUGUGUUACUUAUGUCCGCUUCAACGGGCAAAGCAUCUUUCCGGUUUUGGUCGUUCACUUUGCUGGACAUAAAGUGACUUUUACGGAAACGGAGUCGGUGUGAGUUUAUAACGACUUUGCAGGCUGUGCAGUAUGUGGUGGGAUGGAUGAGGAGGAGCAGAACCGCUAUGUGGCACAGUUGAAAGCUGAAUUUGACAGCUGUGACACCACCGGGACAGGUUAUCUCGACAAAGAGGAACUUACUGCCUUAUGCCACAAGCUGAGCUUAGAUGCCCAUCUCCCUUUGCUGCUGGACACUCUGCUUGGACCACAACAUUACGCCAGGGUGAAUUUUGAAGAGUUCAAAGAGGGCUUUGUGGUUGUGCUGUCAAGAUCUUUGGACUUUAGUACUUCAGAGGAGGAGAGCAGCUAUCUUGAACCAGCAGUCCCAGAGGAGGUGAAACCUAAAUAUGUGAAAGGAACCAAACGGUAUGGGCGGCGAUCACGGCCAGACAAGACCGACUUAGAGCUGACAGCAGUCUCAGAAGAUUCACCACCGUUUGGGACUGACAAAGUAGAAACAAACGGUGUGAGGAGAGCCAAGCUCAGACGCUCCACCUCACUGGAGAGUGUUGAGAGUCUAAAGUCAGAUGAGGACACAGGAAACAACAAGGAGUCCACACACCACUAUUUUGUGGCACAAGGCCAGUUGAAGCUCUGGAAUCAAGAUGGCACAGGAAGUCCUCUGCGCUCAUCUGAUCCUCAGCAGGAAGUGACAGACGGGCAGGUGAGGGCAGUAUGGCAGGAGCUGGGGGUUGGAGCUGGAGGAUCACUAAACCGCAAGGAGCUGUCACUUGUCUGUGACCGCAUCGGUCUCAAGGACUUACAGUCCGAGGAGUUAGACAGUCUCUUCAGGAAACUAGACAAGGAUCGGGAUGGGAGAGUCAGUCUGAGUGAGUUCCAGAGCGGGCUGUUCACACAACACGAUCACGCUGCUCUCAUCUCUACCUCCACCCCUGCUCGGCCCAAACCACAGCGCUCCAUCUCAAAGGCCCUUGAGGAACGUGUGGUGCGUUCCACUUCCCCUUCUUUACUGUCGGCUACAGUGGGUCAGAGGCUGCUGACCCGGCUGGAUGAUGGAUCGGGAUGCACAAGUCCAGACAAAGUCAUCGCCCUCUGGACGGAGGAGGGCAUCCACAAUAGCAGGGGUAUUCUACAGACUCUGGACUUCUCUCUGGAGGAGCGUCUGUGUCUGGCUGAACUCACUCUGGCACUGGACAAUGAGUUGCUGGUCAGUGGGAAUGGCAUCCAUCAGGCUGCUCUGGUCUCCUACAAGAAUGAGAUAAACUAUUUACAAGUCGUGGCAGACCAGACCUGUCAGGAGAGGGACAAAGCCAAGGCAGACCUAGAACUGGCUGAUCGCCGCAACCUACAGCUGGUCAGAGAGGUGGAUGAUCGCCAUGCAACAAUGGAGUCUCUCAAUGAGUCGAAAAUCAAGGGUUUGGAGCAAGAGUUCCGGGAUAAACUUACGGUACUGAGGAGCGAAUCAGAGUAUGAAAGUGAGGUGCUUCUAGAACAGGUAGAGAAGGAGCGGAAGAGACUCCAGGAGGAGCUAGAACUGCUCAGGGCUCAGGACGUUAGCCUUCAGGAGGACAUUUGCACUGCUGCUAAGGAGAACAGUCGUUUGGAGGAGGAGGUCAGCGUCCUGAAGGAGAAGCUGUCUGAAGCCGAGAGCACCAUCUCUAAACUACAGAAGGAUCUAGAUCAUCUGCUGCAGGACAAGUAUGGUGGCCUUGAUCCAAAUGGUACAGGACUGCUGAAUCAAGAAGAGCACUUCUCAGAGAUCUUUAAGGAGUACGAGCAGCAGUGCAGGGAGCUGCAGGACAGGAAUGACGAGUUACACUCAGAGCUGGAGUUGUUGAAAACUCAGGGCUCAGGAAGGAGAGCCAGACGAUCCAGGAGCAGAUUGUCUGGUCAUGACUGGUCAAGCCGAAGAGCAUUAACCACCGAAUCAGAUUCUGAUGAUCCAGAAAUGAAGAAAGGUACAUCUCCUCAGGUCAGAAAAAAGCUCCAAGUCACUGACAAGGACGUUUGGUGUGUCUCUUCAGUAUUGGGUUCCUUGGAGAGUUUGGCUCCCCCUGUGAGCAUCGAGACAGAACUGGCCAUGGAGCAGAUGAAAGAGAAAUACGAGCGUGAGGUCCAGGACUUGAAGAUCCAGCUGGAGACUAAGGUGAAUUUCUAUGAGCGCAGUAUGGAUCUGAUGCGGCAGAAUAUGGAGGUUGAGCGGAAGGACAUCUCGCAGAGCUUUAAGAUCGAGAUCAGUGAGUUGGAGGACCUGAAGGCUCAGGCAGAGGAGCGGGCAGAGAAAAUGCGUCAGGCUGUUGAGCGGCUGGAAGCAGAGCUGAGGGGUAAGACUUCAGGAGGAGCCUGGGGUCCAGAGCUAGAGCGGAGAAUUCAGCGAGAACAAGCGGAACUGGAGCAGAACUACGCUCGUGAGAUCAGUAACAUCGUGCUGCGCCUCACCUCAGAGAAAGAUCAGCUAGAGGCAGAACUCAAGCUCAAGAUGGACCAGGAAGUGCUGCUUGUUAGGGAGAAGGCAGAGCAGCAGUUAUUGCACAUGAAGGCACAACACAGCGAGGCUCAGGGCAGCCUCCUCCACCAGCUGCACCUUGAGCGCAGCCGUCUGCAGGAGCAAUCCAAGCAGCAUCACAGAGAAGUUGGUGCGUGGGAGGCAAGAGUACAGGAGCUGGAACAGGAGGUGCGCCGUGAGCGUCUCCUCAGCACCGAGCGCUGGAGUGAAGGCCAAGCUCAGAUCUGCAGCAGGGUGGCACAGGAAAGGAAGAAACUGGAGGAGGAACACCAGGAGGAGGUCAGGAAGCUAGAAGAACACAUCCAGUUCAUGGAAGCUCAAGUAGAGCUCGCAUCCAGGGCUGAAGAGGAGCUGCUUGUACUACAAAGACAGCUUGAAGAUAAGCUGGAAGAGAUGUGUUUUCAACUGCAAGACAACACGGUUUCCAUGAAAGCUCAAGAUGCCCUCAUCCAGAAUUUGACCUCAGAACUUAAUGCCAAAGAGAAGGAAAUGGAAAUCAGAAAUGAGAAAGAGCGAAAGCUCUGCAAUAAGCUCUCUCAGCUAGAGCAAAAUCUUAAGGCAGAGAGAGAAAAGAAGCAAGAGCUCCUAAAGCAAAAGGAGCAACUACAGAAAGAAACAGACAGAAGUAUUCAAGAUCUAAAGGAGAAACUUGGAAAAGAGAAGGAACAGGAGCUUCUUAACAGAGUUUCUCAGUUGACUAAAGAGCUGGAGAACUGGAGGACCAAAUCUGAGACCUGGCAGAAGGAGAUUGAAAUGAUGCAGGGAAGCAGUAGUCAUCUGUCUACUGCGUUUGGUGAGCAGCAAAUGCAGCUGAGAGAACAAGAGAAAGAACUUGUGGAGCUUCAAGAAAACUUGGCCAAAACGCACGAGGCACUGAAAAGCAGAGAUGACGAUCUUACAAGACAGGCUUCUGAGAUAAAUGCUGUGGAGACAGAGCGGGAUCGACUCAUAGAGGAGCUCAGGGGUCAAUGUGAACUUCUCAAACAGCUACAAACACAGGUCAAUAGUCUCUCUGAGGAAUGGGAUCAAAUGCAUAUGAUGGAGCAAAAACUUCAAGUCUCUGUUUGUGUGGAACAGGGUAAGGUUGAACAGCUCCAAGCAAAACUGAACUCAGAGCAAGAAGAAACAAGACAUCUUGAACAAGAGAACUCUAACUACCAGCAACUUGUAGACCAGCUUUCAUCUCAGAUUGUCGAAAUGGAGGCAAAGUCUACCAAACUCAAAGAGAACGCCGAUAAACUUGCACUGGAGCUGCAAAGCAAAGACAAUCAAAUGCUGGAACUCAAUCGUCAGCUUGAAGCCAAACCCGAAGAGAUAGAUUUGCUCUGGAACGAAGAUCAGCUGAAGAUAAACCUGUUUAAGAACGUCACUCAACUCUCUGGUCCGGUUCAACUUUUGACCAACCAGUUGGAGGACAAAGAGCGAGUGCUGUGCUCUCUGAGGGAGGAAGCCGACAAUACCGCCAACCAACUUCAGCAAUCACUGAUGGACUCCCAAACAGAGCUUCAACAGAUGGAGGUCUUUGAAAGCGAGAAGAGCCAUAUGAAAGAACAGCUUCUAGAGAUGGAGGGGCUUGUCAUGGCUUUAGAACAAGAGAUGGCCAAUCUCCACAGGUUUGUGGUUCUCUAGCUGGUAGAUGACCGUCGAAACAGACCAAGACUAACCAUUGCUGCAUUGAUCCAAUCGCCGUUUCUCCCGUAUGGAUGCCAAGAGUUGACUGUUCACUACUUCCAUGUUUGUCCAAGAAUGUUUGCCUGUAUGUUUCACACAAUGAGAUUUCAUUAACCGUAGACAUGCGCUUUGAUUUUUCAGGCCUCAUGCUGCAUCUCACUAACUGAAUGAUAUUAUUGUCACUGACAUGCAUGCAAUCUCACUAUUAAUAACAGUUACUGUAUGUAUUCUGAUUGAAAGUGUCCUUGCAUCCUUUUAAUUGUAUUAAUAGCAUAACUUUUUUGUGUUUGCUGCCCUAAGCUUUAGCAAA